GCCCGACUCGACUCGACUCCCCACUCCCCAGCCCCAGCCCCAACAGAAACCCCGUCCAGACUGCGCCGCUUCGGCCCCAGCUUCUCAAUCGGACAUUAGGAGGGAUGGGGAGGCGCCGCCGGUUCACGCAGCAGCCCACCAGCGACGACGACGACGACGACAACGACGAAGCCGGCCCGCAGCCGCUCAGAACCACCAAGCCCACAGCCCCCCUCUCCUCGGGCGCCAAGAAGCAGCAGCGUCACCGUGCCGACGAGGACGACCUGGAACUCGAGGAAGAGGAAGAGGAUGAGAAGGACCUGGCGGAGUUGAGGAAGAACGAGGAGGAGGAGAGGCGGGAGGAGACGCAGACCCGCCGCCGCAGGGGCCGCAAACCCAAGCGCCCCGCCGAGGAGAGCGACGAGGAUUCGCAGGAGAAAAAGGCGGAAUCAGAGGAGGAGGAGGAGUCCCGCGAGGAGGAUGGCACGGAGGCGGUACCCGUCGGGCAACCUUUUAAGGUGACCGGCAAGGGGAAGAAGCAGCGGAGGCAUUACUUCUCCUUUGAGUACGAGGGCAACACCUUCGAGCUUGAGGACCCUGUGCUGCUCACGCCCGAGCAGCAGAAAGAGAAGCCCUAUGUCGCCAUCAUCAAGGAUAUAACAGAAAAUGAUGGGAGCUUAUCGGUAACUGGUCAGUGGUUUUAUAGGCCAGAAGAAGCUGACAAAAAGGGUGGUGGGAAUUGGACAGCAAGUGACACAAGAGAGCUAUUUUAUAGUUUUCAUAUAGAUGAUGUGCCAGCGGAGUCAGUUAUGCACAAAUGUGUGGUCCAUUUCAUUCCACUGAACAAGCAGAUUCCCAGUCGAAAGGAACACCCUGGAUUCAUUGUCCAAAAAGUUUACGACACAGUUGCGAAGAAAUUGUGGAACUUAACAGAUAAGGAUUAUGAGGAUAACAAGCAACACGAAAUCGAUCUCCUCGUGAAGAAAACAGUGGACCGUAUUGGACAGCUUCCUGACCGUGAACCUAUAGAUGUACCUGCUGACAGUACUGAUCAGUUCUCAAAUAAACGCGGUCUACGAAAGAGACCUCCGAACCCUUUAGACGUGUCGAGAGAUACAACAGGCAAACCCGAGCAAUUCAUAAAAGCAGAGACACCUGGGAGUGAUAAUCUAAAGCAUUAUGCCAUCCUCGCCAAAUAUAAAGCUGUCACUAACGCCACUUAUCGCGAUAAGUGGCUUGAUAAACUAGUAGACACUAUUCCAUUAACAUCAAAAGAAGGUGCUGAGGCUUCUCAUGCCGAUACUGGCAGUGUGGCCAAAAUUUCAAAUAGCUCUUCAUCUGCAAGGGAUACUAGUUCAAGUGAUAAUGAAAAUUCAUAUCCACCAGAUGUGGUUGUUUCAAUAAUGGCCUCCUUAGAAAGGUCUACAUAUGACGCUCUUCAUGCUGACUUCCAGAAGUAUAAUCAGAAAAUGAGAAAAUUAGAAUUCAACAUCAAGAAUAGCCCUGUACUGCGCAGGCGACUGAUGAACAAGGAGCUUGACCCUCCAGUUCUUUUAACCAUGUCUCCAGAUGAACUAAAGGCUGGGUUGACACCAGCAGAGAAAACGUCUGAACCAGAAGAGGCAAGGCGAUUGCAGAUGACUGACGCACGAUGUGAAAGGUGCACAGAAAAGAGAGUAGGCAUUUCUGAUAUUAUUCAUGCUGGUCAUGGAGAUCGAUAUCAGGUUGGUGAGGAGAUAUAGCCAGUAACUGAUCAUCAAGAUGAGGUUUGUGAGACAAAGCAUCCGCAGCACGGUUGUCCACUCCUUUGUUGUACUUUAUUUUGAACUGUAGGCCCAAUAGUUUGGUGAACACAUUUUGUUGCCAAGUUGUGUGCAGCUCUGGUCCUCUAAAUGUGCCAGACUAUUGUGGUCAGUUAGAAUGAGAAAUUCAACAUGCUGUAGAUAAGUUCUCCAUUGCUCCACUGCAAGUAACAUGGCCAUAUAUUGAUUUUCAUAUGUGGAUAAUCCUUUGCUCAUAAAAGCGAUUGGAUGGCCUUUUUGAAGCAAUACUGCCCCUACUCCAGCAUUACAUGCAUCUGUUUCAAUAACAAACUGUUGGCUGAAAUCUGGCAAGGACAAAACAGGUGCAGUAUUGAGAGCCAACUUCGGUUGCUCGAAAGUAGACUGCCUUUGGAGACCAAACAAAAGGAACAUGUUUCCGGAGAAGGUUUGUUAAAGGCUGGUUAAUCAUUCCAUAGUAUCUAACAAACUUAAGGUGGUAGCCUGAUAACCAAGAAAUCCACGGU